AAUGUCUUUUUAAGCAGCUGUUUGUCGUUGACAUUUCAUAGUUGUUUUCAAUCCUUCUGAUUAACGUUUUGUGAAUUGUGGAAGAUUCGAUAUAAGUCCUAAUUUUUGUAAAAAACAAAGCGUAUAAUACUGAAUAUUUAAUACGUAAAUAUGCCGAAAGUUCGAAGAAGUCGCAAACCUCCUCCAGAUGGCUGGGAAUUAAUUGAACCAACGCUUGAAGAAUUGGAACAGAAAAUGCGGGAAGCUGAAACGGAACCACAUGAAGGAAAGCGUAUAACCGAAUCGCUGUGGCCCAUUUUCAAAAUUCAUCACCAGAAAUCGCGAUACAUCUACGAUUUGUUUUAUAGACGUAAAGCUAUCAGCCGGGAACUAUAUGACUAUUGUUUAAAAGAAAAAAUAGCAGAUGCUAAUUUAAUAGCAAAAUGGAAAAAGUCUGGUUAUGAAAAUUUAUGCUGUCUACGUUGUAUACAAACUCGUGAUACUAACUUUGGCACAAACUGCAUAUGUCGAGUACCAAAAUCGAAACUGGAGGAAGGUCGCAUUGUGGAGUGUGUUCAUUGCGGUUGUCGUGGAUGUUCCGGCUAGUAUAAUAGAAAAAACUAUUUCACAAAAAUAUUUAGUACUAGUGUAAAAUAUGGUUUUUUUUUUUGAACAAAAAAAAAAGAACUACAAUACACAAUUUACAAAUUUUUUAAAAUAUUAUUUUGAAAUAUAGUUCAAGGUGUUUAAAAAAAUUAUCAUCAGAAUGCGUGGAACUACAUGUUA